AUGGCACUAUUCAUGCCACUGUCUCUACCGGAACCACAGGUGCAGAGCUCGCGCAAACACCGACCUGACAAAAGGAGGCAGGCAGAGGCCAUGACCGCCAUAUUCAGGAUGAAGGCACCCGGUCGACGUAAAUUCGUCACAUUAUGUAUCAAUGACACACCAGUUACCCUCCAACUGGAUACAGGUUUUGACCGCACUCUGAUUUCAAAGCGAACACGGAAUGUAAUUGGAAGGCCACCAGUGGAACCCAUAAAAUGCACCGUUCGUAAUGCAUCUGGUGGAAGUCUCAAGCUGACUGGGAAGCUGAAAUUUUCCGUAACGUUCAAGGGGGUUCAACUCAAUGGUACUUGCUACCUCACGAACUAUACAGGCCUUGACCUCUUGGGCCUGGAUUGGAUCAACGAGCUUCAACUGUUGGAUAAACCCCUCAAUGCUGUUUGUGAUGAAACAACUGCAAAUUGCUCCGAUACGUUCACGAGAACAUCACCUUCUGACGAUUUUGUGGUCGCCACAGUUACAACCAAACCGGAGACCAGAUGGAGCAUACGCGACGCAGCGACUAUUCAGCUUCUGGCGUCCGGCAGCGGUAGCCCUCUCAACUCAGUCAAAUUUGAUGAACCCUGCCAGCAGCCCGCCAAGUUUCACCCGCGGGCCGAACCGUUCAGUUUACAGUCAACAGCAGAAAACAAGUGCAUAGUCGGAGUCUACGCUGAUAUUCCAGCAGAAGCAGCAAGCGGUUAUCGGCCCUUGCCAUCGAUAACCGACGGCGAUGUAUUCGAUUUGGAUCUGGGUCUGGUUCGUAGUUGGAAUUCCUCAUGCAACUGGAUGCAGGCGGCCAAUGAGUUCAAAUUGCCGCUCCGUCUACUUGUUUGUGGUACGCUAGUUCCGGCUAGUUUGUCCACAAAUGCCAAAGCGGAUAUGACAAGUUAUCAUCGGUUCGCGAUUGAACGGGAGUUUGAGUUGAUUGAGUUACAACCGGAGGAAGACAAUAUCGAAGAAGGGGAGGAGUUUGGCGUCCACCGACUCAAAUCAGCUCUAGAAGCCCACAUGUGGCCCAACAUGGAACUCCUCGACGCAGUGAACCCUCGUCGGAAAAUUACAACCGAUGUUAUGACGUCAACCGGGGUGAAAAUGUUGAAUCACAAAUCUGCAUCAAAAACGAACGAGAACAGCAUCUCUAACAGCAAAUCACCGUCCGAUUCCCCAGCGACAGCGGAAGAGGAGGACAAAGAAAGUGAUGUCGAGCUUGGUUUGGACGAAACUGCGGAAUCCUUCGAACGGAUGUGUGUCAGGCUGUUAAAAACGCGUGACCAAAUGUCUGGGUUAGGUUUUGAAGAGCGGAAAAAGCUUGCCGAGAAGGUCACUAUGGAGUUUUGGAAAGCCGUUGGUGGUUCAGAUGAUGAGCUCACGGGAGAGGAAAGCGAUGAUGACCACCUAUCUGCCAAAAUGGUUUCGACGCAGCCUACAUGAUUACUGCUUGUUCUCAAAAUUAUUGUGCUUUGAGUCUGUGAUAGAACCCUUUUCUCAAAGUUUAUACUUGUGUGUAUCGUUUUUUUUGUUCGAAGAAUCCACCUUGUCCUCAGUUCACUUAACAUUUGCAUUUCUGAGUGCUAUCCAACGAACUUUCAGCAACCUUAUGAGUAGUGAAUUCCAAAUAUACAUG